ACAUGCAAGAGUAUAUAGCACAAAUGAAACCUACCAAACAACCCUCCAUUCCUCUUCUAACAGCCAUUCCCUCUACCUACCCCAAGUCUCUUUCUUUCUUCUUUCCCAUUUAUUUAUUUCUCCUACCCUCAUUACCUACACACACAUUUCUAUAUAAUUUACAUUUCUUGAUUUCAAUAACAAGAGAAGAAAAAAAAAAGAAAAAGCAAAUAAACACAUUCAUCACUCUUCAUUAAACGAUGAUAACCGCGGCUCUACACGAACCACAAAUUCACAAAACGGCCGAUACUACUUCCACCGCUGUCUCCGGCGAGAAUGAGCCUCCUACGCUUCGCAUUUUCCGAUCAAAGCUUCCGGAUAUCAACAUUCCGAACCACCUCCCUCUCCACACUUACUGCUUCCACAAGCUUUCCACUGUUUCCGACAAGCCUUGUCUAAUCGUAGGCUCAACCGGAAAAAGCUACACCUACGGAGAGACACACCUCAUCUGCCGGAGAGUCGCUUCCGGGUUUUACACAAUGGGUAUUCGAAAAGGUGACGUCAUCAUGAUCCUCCUACAAAACUCACCCGAGUUCGUCUUCUCCUUCAUGGGUGCUUCCAUGAUAGGAGCCGUCUCAACCACCGCGAAUCCUUUCUACACCUCUCAAGAGAUUUACAAACAGCUCAAAUCUUCCGGAGCUAAGCUCAUCAUCACUCACUCUCAUUACGUCGACAAAUUGAGAAACCUCGAUCAAGAAACCAAAAUCGGAGAAAAUCUCACGGUUAUCACCACCGACGAUCCUACACCGGAGAAUUGUCUACCUUUCUCCACACUCAUUGACGAGGCAAACCCACAAGAUGAAUCAGAAUCCGUCGGUGUUGAUGGUGACGAUGCGGCGGCGCUUCCUUUCUCUUCCGGCACGACGGGGUUACCAAAGGGAGUGGUUUUGACUCAUAAGAGCUUAAUCACCAGCGUUGCGCAACAAGUUGAUGGAGAUAACCCAAAUCUUUACUUGACAUCAAACGACGUCGUACUCUGCGUUUUGCCUCUUUUCCACAUCUAUUCUCUCAAUAGCGUGCUACUCAAUUCCAUCCGAUGCGGUGCGACGGUUCUUCUGAUGCACAAAUUCGAAAUUGGAGCAUUGUUGGAUCUAAUCCAGAGACACAAGGUGACUAUAGCGGCACUUGUUCCGCCGCUUGUGAUCGCUCUGGCUAAGAACCCAACCGUUAACUCUUACGAUCUUUCUUCCGUUAGAUUGGUUCUCUCCGGUGCAGCUCCAUUAGGCAAAGAUCUCCAAGAUAAUCUCCGUCGCCGCCUCCCUCAGGCCGUCCUUGGUCAGGGAUAUGGUAUGACUGAAGCAGGACCUGUGUUAUCAAUGAGCCUCGGGUUCGCUAAAGAGCCGAUGCCGACAAAAUCAGGGUCUUGUGGGACUGUGGUCCGAAAUGCUGAACUUAAAGUGGUUCACCUUGAGACACGUCUCUCUCUUAGCUACAACCAACCUGGUGAAAUUUGUAUCCGUGGUCAACAAAUCAUGAAAGAGUACUUGAACGAUCCAGAAGCCACGUCAGCAACAAUAGACGAAGAGGGUUGGCUUCAUACAGGAGACAUUGGGUAUGUAGAUGAAGAUGAUGAGAUCUUCAUUGUUGAUCGACUCAAAGAAGUCAUCAAGUUCAAAGGCUUUCAGGUUCCUCCGGCUGAGCUAGAGGCGUUGCUCAUCAACCACCAUUCGAUUGCUGAUGCUGCUGUUGUUCCGCAAGGAGAUGAAGUGGCUGGAGAAGUUCCGGUGGCUUUCGUUGUGCCAUCCAAUGGAAACGACAUCACCGAAGAAGAUAUAAAAGAAUAUAUAGCCAAGCAGGUGGUGUUCUACAAGAGAUUGCACAAGGUCUUCUUUGUUCCUUCCAUACCCAAAUCUCCUUCCGGAAAAAUUCUGAGAAAGGAUCUCAAAGCUAAACUUUGUUGAAUGUAUUUUUUUUUCUCUAUAUAUGAUUCAAACGUUCUUUUGUAUCCACAAUACUCGUCUUAUUUUUAGAUCCUUUGUCGCAACAGAUGUUGGAAACUAAGAAACCAGAAUUAUUUUGAUAUUUGAAUGAUUAUAAUUUUUUCAAAAGGAAGAUAAAGUAAAAACUAAAAA